AGGCUGAUAUUCACGAAAACUCUAGACUGUCGCGAUGGACUCGGGAAGAAGCUGGCUUGUGGCGGCUGGCUGCUGCUGGUGCAAUGUAUUUUCCUACGCCGUAUUUCGAUCGUCGGCUGUGCUGUUUGUGAACAUCCUCCAGUCAAUGGGUGUGACGAGAGAACAGGCCUCGUGGCCAAUCUCACUGAUGGGAAUAUUCAGCUGUCUUGCAGCGGCCGUGGCGGGCAUUCUGGCAAAGCGAAUCGCCGUUUGGAAGCUGGUCGUGUCGGCGAGUCUGACGGGCGCUGCGUCUCUUGCUGCCUGCUUCUUCGUGAACUCGAUGCCUUUUCUCGUGCUGUUUCUGGGACUAUUACACGGCACGAGCAUCGGCUUCGGUACGCUCUUCAACACGGUUAUUAGUCGGCAUUUCUCCCGGUAUCGAGCCGUCGCUUCAGGGAUAGCCAGCUCUGGAUAUACCAUCGGAGGUCUGAUCUUCCCACCGGUGAUUCAGCUUCUUUUUGACGAGUACAAAUUUAAUGGUGGGUUUUUACUAUGCGGAGCUGUCGCACUACACUCUGUUUGUGGCGCCCUUUUGUAUAGGCUGCCUCCAGAAGGAAACAAUCAAUUUUCAGGUGCAGUCAUUGGAGAUCCGUCUAAACCAGAUUACACGAAUGGGAGAAAAACACCUCAGAGCUUUCAACUAGACAUUCUUCGGGGCGUAGAGACCGUGUUUUCUCCGUUUGGCGAAAGUGACUCAGCACCCAAGGCCAGAGAUGGACAAGACAGGAAUGAGAUGUCACUAGAACGUGAUAAUUUACUCAGCCAUCAGUCGCGAGCACAGAGACUAAGUGACAGUGUGUGCCUAGAGAAAAUGAACGUCCCGAACGCAAAGCAAGAAGAGAGACAAGUUGGCCAAGAAAGGAUAACCCUACCCUCAUUUCUUAAGCUUCCGAUGUUUUAUCUGAUCGCUUUUUCCUACGGGCAAGUCCUCUUCAACAUGUCAACUUACCUUACGGUCAUCGUGGACUACGGAACAGACAGGAACCUACCCAAGUGGAAUGCCGUUCUUCUUCUCGUGUUUUACGGAGUGGGAGAUCUCGCGUCCAGGUUUGGGUCUGGGUGGAUCACGGACAAAAAAUGUAUCAAGAGGAGCGCCACGAUGAGUCUGCAUUUUUUUCUCUGGGCGGUUUCCUUUCUCUUGCUUGCUUCCACCGACUUGUACCCCUUUCAGAUGUUGUCCUCUAUAAUCGCGGGCUGGAGCAACGGCGCCACUUCGACUUUAGUCCCCGUCUUCGUGAUGGAGCUUGUUGACGCCCAAGAAUUCAGUUUUUGUUUCGGGCUUGUGACACUGACCGUCGUAAUACCUCUCUGCACUAGACCGGCGAUUAUUGGUGUUUUCAGAGACACACUAGGAGACUACCAAGGCAUGUUAUUCUUUCUGUCAGCCUGCCUGGCCCUCAGCGCAUUGCUGUGGAUGUGGGUCUUAUUGAAAGAACGAUGGCGAGAACGCAACUUGCACCAAGGCUACUGCAAUCGAGAGACGGCAUGAUAAGGAACCGCCAACAGCCGUCUGCGAACCUUCGUCCGAUGCUACCAGUGACUUCUGAAAGAAUCUCUUGAGUAAACUCCCAUCUGCAAUGGUC